AUGUUUUAUGCAGAAGCAAAAGACUGGUAUCGGAUCGGUUUACGCCAUAUAAAGUCUAAUAAAAAUCUCUUUUUUCAUUGUGGUAUUGAAGACCAUACUUCAAUCGCUGAGAAGUCUGGAAAAGUCAACAAUUUAUAUCGCAUUACAAUAAAAGCACUUUUUAUGGAAGUUGUCCAAAUGUCUACUAACAAGAAAAGCCACGGUAACUUAAGAUCCUCAACGUCUGCCUAUAAAAGUUGUUACCGGUUGUACGCUGGUCAUGGAAAUUGGAUAAAUCUCAGUGAAAAGACAACUCAAGACUUGUUGACUAUUUUCCAAAAAGGCGAGCCUUGUCGCUACCAGCUUGCACCUGGACUUUAUCUUAGUAUCAUUCCAAAUGAUGUAGACUGCAACAGCAAGAAUAUCGACAUGAUUGGUCUUAUGCGUGCAGAUUUGGUGUGUGAUGGUAACAUAGAUGAAAGCCAUGCUCAGCAAUCCUUAUCUCACUACGUACGGUCAUUAUUAGAUGAGCAGGGUAUUAUAGAUGCUUUUCCACCAGUAAGACCUGGCCAAGAUCUUCCUACUAUCACAUCGUUAUCCACCCACCGUCACUUAAGUUUAGUGCCAUCUGUCGUGAGCACAGUUCGUCGCGGUCCAAAGCCAAGCUCUCAGCCCAGCAAUAUGCAGAUUCAUUAUGACAGCAAUAGCAAAAGCUCCACCUCCUCAUCCUCAGCUUCGUCAUUCAGAGGAGGAACUGACGAGGAGAACAUCAAUCUCUCAUCUUCCGCUUCGUCGCUGACACAGAGCUCAUUCUCAUCGUCGUCCAACAGAAAGAGAAUCAGCACAUCUUACAAAAAAGUCAUGAAAAAACCUCGUCUCGACACAAUCUAUAGCAUGGACGUUUUUCAAAGAAGGGCCAUCAGUCCAUUGGAAUUAUCGAGUUCUCUAGCAGGAACCCCGUAUUCAUCUUGUCUUCCAGCGCCUCCACUACCACCUGUACCUAUCCAUUCUGUUACUUUAACAGGGUCUCACCAACAGCAUCACUACUACUCCCACAAUAACAGCGAAUCUAACAGUAGUAACAUUCUAAUACCACCCUCUUUUCAUCAGCAGCAUUUACCGUCUCAAUCUCAGCAUCAGCACCAUUAUUUCUCCUCCCAACCGCACACACCACCACCACCGCCACCACCACCACCACCACCAUCGCAUUCGAUUUUUCAAAAUACCAGCUUGUGGUUAUCAGCAUCGUAUCAACAAAAUUCAGAUGCUGCCGCCUCUAAUGAUGCCUUGAUCCUUCCAACCUUAUCACGGCCGUCCCAUGCAACAGCAGCUACAACGAAUGAUUUCAACAUAAAUUUCAGUGUAGAAUUCGAUCAUCGCCAGUCACCAACUGAUAUCUUAAAUGAAUACGAUAACAAUUUUUCCAACCAAAUGAACAGUUCCUCUUUUGAUGCGGAAGUAACUACAAAUGGUCUCUAUUCUUCUUCCUCAAUAAGGCCGUCUUCAACAGCAACGGGGCAUCCUCUUUUGCAACAUACAGACUUUCGUCAAACGCAGCAGCAACACCACGAUAUAGGUCAACAACAUAACAGCAAUGCUAACUAUCCCCAACACCAUUCUCAACAACAGCAAUCGAAUCAUCGUAUUCCUGAUACAUCAACUGAUAAUAAUAGUAAUAGCCUCGAAGGUCUACUACCUGACACCUCGCCAAUUGCACUUGAAUGGCCAGAAGAUAUGAAUACUAACGACAAUACUGCUAGUACGAAGCACUUAGCAGCAGCAACAGCAGCAGCAGUAGGCAACGACAAUAAAAUACUCCCACAGGAUAGCUUACCUUCUUCCCAAUCAAUGCCUACAACAGCACAUUGGCAUCAUUCAUUGAGCAACUAUAUUCAUUCAAACAAUUUGAAUAAAAACAACAACAGCCUUGGGGAGCAACAGCAGCAGCAAAAGUACAAAAGAAGAGAGAAAAGAGGAAGCAGGAAAGGCUCAGCUACAAGUACCAUCGGCUUAGGAGAUGUAGAGGUGUUCACUUGUCCAUCCUCAUCAAAAAAGAAUAGCAUUCUCCUCGACGACGUUCCUCCUUCUGAGGAUAAUGAUUACACUGAAGCAACUACUACUGUCAUGCCUGUUAUCGAUGAGCUCAUGGCCAAAUCCUCGAGUAACAAUCUACAUCAGCUCGUUGUACCCACAUGCAUCAAACAAGAAAUGGACAACAGUACACCUUAA